AUGUCUGGUUUGGAAAUAACUGGCCUAGCAGUUGGCGUUUUGCCUAUCCUUUUGGAAGUCAUCAAGUCCUACUCAAUAAUAUGUGACAAGAUACGCACAUUCCGCCGCUGCACUCUGGAGCUUGGGGAUAUUUUUAUGGAAUUCAAAGCCAUAAGGGUAGUUUUCCUAAACGAAGUACGGUUAUUACUAGGUUCGAUUCAGAACAAAAAGCAAACAAGGCUUGAUCUUGAAGACUACAGUAACCAAAGGUGGGUAAACAAAGAGACCGAAGACCAAUUGAGGGCAGUACUUCAAGACAACUACGACGUUUGUGAGGAUAUCAUCCAAUACAUCAGUCGAAUUCUUGAGAAGAUGGCAUCAGAACUAGAAAAUUUUGAUCCGUUUUUGAGCCAGAAGUUACCGACUGAGUCUCUCAAAAAAGUUUACAAACGUUUCAGCAAAACGCUGAAAUUUACUUUUAACAAGUCGAGAUACGAAAAAUGUCUUACCAGCCUACGAGAUCGAAACAGUGAGCUAAUUUCACUUCGGUCGCAAGUUGUUGCUAUCGAGCAACAAGAAGUUCCUUCAGGUGUCUGUAUCCAACAUGUCCCAUUGCCUGGUCGAUUCAAGACCAUUCAAACCGUUUCUCGAAAGCUUCACGAGUCUCUUUGUGGGGUUUGGCGUUGCGAUCAGCCCACGCACUGCGGACAUGACGCUAAACUAUGUCUUGAUGCCGAUGUAAAACAUGAUGUAACCUUGGACCUUGCUAUAUCUUGUCGCGAAUCCAGCUGUGUAGAUCGUUCUAGCUCACUACCAGAAUCUACAAUCUGGCUAUUCGUACAAUCGACAAGUACAUACGCAGACACACUACCAAACACACCCAAGGUCCAAGAGAGUCUUGAUAUGUGCUCCGAAUUGGCUCUAGAACUACUCAAUCCUGUCGUCUCGAGUUCUUCCAAGAGUUUGAAGAAGAAGGCAUCUUGUGAUCUUUCGAAAGACUCGGCUCCAAAGAAAAAGGCUAAGCGUGUACAAUUUCACGUAUCUACACCACCACUUCCAACAAAAGUACCCAACGCAGAUGUCCCUGGUACGCUAUUUACGUUCGGAGUUGAUCUCUGCAAGAUGAAGAGUAUUUGUGACUACCUGCGAGAGUGUUAUGAGGCACGACUGCUAAAGUCGGCAAAGGAAUGUAUUGGCUAUUUGGAGAGCGCGCAGAUGUACAAGCAUCUUUUCUACCUCAAGGAGAGAACGGCGAAGCCACAACUGAAUAACUCGACAACUUCUACCAUAUCUACAAUCCAGGACGCGCUCAGACAGGAGGUGUACGAUGCUUUACAACCAGAGGAUUGCUUGAAACUAGCACGUAAACUGGCCGUUGCAACUUUACAGUACAACGACACCCCCUGGCUCCCUGAGCGAUGGCGCCUAGGUGAUCUCAGCUAUCUUGGAUCAAGAUCUUCGUUCAGCGUCGAAGCUAUCAAGACUUUACACUUCAACUCACAGAUAUCGCGGCCCGCUACCAUAGCAGAUGGUCAAAUGGAGGGUCUACAGCAAGGCACCGGAACAAUUUCAGAACAAACACGUUACGGUAUUAACAACACGACGCUCUUUUUCCUAGGCGUUGCAAUGCUCGAGAUCGCCUACUGGACGCCGAUUGAGGAAAAGAUGACGAACAUGGAUGAGAACAAUCCAGUUUUCGCUGCUCGUAGACUUGUUCUAGAUCGAGCAGCCCCGUUGGGUCCAGAGUAUCAGCGAAUCGCACAAAAGUGUCUCGAGUGUAACUUUGGGUUCGGAAACAAGCUGAGCAACAAGGGCUUGCAGUCUGCAGUAUAUAACGACGUGGUAUGUCAGCUAGAUGGGAUGAUUGAACGGCUUGAGAAACUGAGUGUGUGA